CAUAGUCCAUACAUUGCGAGCUAUCACGGCCCAUGGCUCUCGCUCCCAUUAGAACUCCUGCAAUCGUUGUUUACACUCAACAGCGACGUCACCACCGCUCCGCCCCCGCCGCCAAUCGAUCCCAUCAUUUUCCGGCACUUGAUACAUAUCCGAACGUUAGUGGACGAGGCUUCAGAGACGGUCAUCAAAGCAGCUGGUGGGCAGUCGAUGCGAGGCUCCUCGGGUACAAAUCCACUAGGGAUACCCAUGAACUCGCGAGAUGGUGGUGGGUUUUCCUCGGCAAGGAUGUCGGCUAUCCGGCAGCAUCGAUUGAGAGAGAUCGCGGUGGCGAAAUUAGCUUCGGCGUAUCGGUGUGAUGAGAUUGCUACCAGCGUGUUGACGAUGCAGAGUGCUAGUGCACUUGAUGAUGUGGCCGUGAAGGUAUUGAAGCGGGACCCGCAUAACAUGGACGCGAUCUAUGUCCACCACUUCCACGAAAAGAUUCCCUCCCGGAUGCUAGCCACCUCCACCGAUUGCACCGCCAUCGACAAACUGAUCGCAGCAUACCCCACGAUCCCGGAAUUCUUCCGCACGCGAGCCAUGAUCCAUUCCUUCCGCGAAGAGUUUCCUUUAGCCCUCCGCGACUUCAAAACCGCCAUUGCUCUCGCCAAAAAACGCAAACGCAACGUCAACGGCGUCGAUUGCGAAGCCCUCGUGCACGGGGGGCAGGAAUCCAAGCAGGCCUUCCAUGUCGAAUCCGACCAGGAAGGCGUGUGUUCCGAAGCGCUCUUGUAUUUCCUCCGUGGCGCGUGUUUCCACCAGUACGCGAUCCAUCUGAUUGAUAAGGCGAUU